CGAUUUCAAAGGUAAAUGCAAUCCGCGAGGAUUUAUUCGCUGGGUGGUUGUGUGGAUCCGGUCGCAUUUACGAUUAACCGAGAUUGCUCUGUUUCUCCCGUUUCAAUUAAGAUACGUGAGUGGCUGACAACUCGUUGGAGGAGCGGAACCACUGACAUUGCAACAUUUUAUCAGGCUGAAUAUUCAUCAAUGCCUCUUACAGAUCCGUCAAUUUACUGUCCAUUGUGCCAAUGUGAUCUGGAUGCGGCUCAAACGUGGCAUUACCUGCUCGAGGAAGGGACGGAGGAGGAUGGCAGUAGAACGGGACAACCGAUACACCGUCAUUUCAUGAAGAUGAUUCGCUUGACGGAAGAGGAGCGAUCGCAAGAAACAACUGUGCACGACUACUGUUGGCGGAUCGUCAAGCGCAUCUUCAGGAAAGUCAAUUUCGACCAGGCUUGGAUUGAUCAAUUUAAGAGCUACAGUCAUCUCCUCUCUCCUUUCAUGCAAGAAGCCCCUUUUUGCGACGAAUCCCAUACCCUGGAUCUCGAUGUGUUCAUGACUUUCAAGACAGCCAGCCGUAAGGAGAAAACGCAACGUCCGCUCUACAUACCUUUGCCCCCCGAGGCCAUUCAACGAAUUUAUUGCUUCCUCGACCGAGAAGAAGAUAUUGUCAACCUUGAUGACGCCUUAUCCGUUGGCCCUUGUCCCAAACAAUGGAGGGAGCUUGGGUUCAAAUACAUGUUGGCAGAUGAUCUCGACCCAAGAGAAAAUAUCAAAACUCUUAUUCGCAACCUGCAAGAGCAGCCAGAAAGUCGCUUCCCAAAGACCACUAAUUAUCGAAUCAUUUGGGCCAAUGUUGAGAUUUUGUGGACCGUUAUGGAUACCCUGUUGGUGAUAACAAAUGUGCCAGCAGAUGCCUCAGUGGCGCAUGGUAUAAAACUCGGAGAUUACCACAACUCUGUACGGUACGCGAUUGGGCUUCGUGGGGCUCACUACAUCGUCUUCAUGUUCAGUGAGACUCAGGAUAUUCAAGUUCUUUGUGGAAUCGCUAUCAAUGGCCGAACAAUUGGUCAUGAGGGCCCGAUAUGGCGGUUUGUUCAAGUGACAUCUUUGACAGGGCUCAGGAUUGCAAAUGUCGAGAACCAUUUUGUUGGCAUCCAAAUAAAGGAUAAUCUCACUUGGCAGGAUAAAUGGCAUGGGGAACAUCCGGAAAACAGUGCUUGCACCACUUUUGAAUGGGAUUCUAGAAGCAGUGAAAUUGUGGCAUCACAUGAUGGUAAUAAAAUCACAGAACUCGGAUGUCGGGUUUCUCCUGGGUAGACAUACUCAACCUGAAUGGCUUGUAAGCGAACCGGAUGUUGGCCUCGCUUGCCGGAGAGUACACAAAGCAUCGCACAGUAAUUUGUACAAUUUAAU